UACGACCAAGGGCCACAGUUAACUUCCGUACACUCUAGGGCUAGGGUUUGUCGAUGAUAGAUCGUCGCGAUGGCCGAGAGCGUAGAGCCGCGGAGGACGAUCGGCGCCAGGGUUUUCCUCAAACUCAACCGCAAUGGCCACAUCCUGGGCGCGAUUUCGGCGGCGCUGGCAGGAAUCAUGCUGGUGGUGAAGAUGAAGAAGGCGGAGGAGCUCCUCAAUGAGCACAGGACGGGGCUUUGCGGCCUGUCCGAUGGAAUGGCGGAGGAGAACCGGCGACUGAAGCAGGGAUUGAUGAGCCUCCGGCAGCGUGUGCUGGAUGAGGUGAGCCGGGAUGGCAAGAAGCUGCCGCCAUUGCCCACCAGGCUCAAGCAGAUUUUUGAUUCGGUGCAAUGAGCAUCGAGAGCUCUGUUCCAGACUUGAGCUCUCGAUCGAUUAAGUGGCGUUGUGAAGAAGAAAUUUUGGAGCAGUGGGCCUGCUUCUCGCAACUGGUGAAAUAAUUAGAUUCUCUUCUCUUUCGUUUUCAUUCUGUAUCUCCUUGAGCAGGAUCAUCCAAAACAUUUUGCUUCGAUAGAUCCGCAGUGAUGCUCAAAACUGGUGGAACGAAUAAAUUCCUUUUCUUCGUCUU